AAAAGGUAAUUAUAAUUUAUUGGAUUCUAUGGAUCAACAAAAAAGGAUAUGUUUUAUUCAGUGCAAUAAGCAGAAUAAUUUUGGUCAAUUUUGUCAUUGCAUUCAUCAUUUAUCUUUGGAAGAACAGUGCAACAGACUUAAUUAUGUUCAAGAAUUUAUAUCAUGCAACAAUACUAAAAGAAGAGUACCGUGUAGUGCAAAGAUAUGCAAAACUAAAAAAAAAUUGCUUAUUUGUAAAAAUACUCCAUUAAAUAAAGGUGAGGUGGAAGAAAUAGGUGAACAAACUGUUCCUACAAAAGAAGAAAGUUUCCACAUUAACGUAGAAUUGAAAACAGCAUCAAGUGAACAAAAUUCUCAUAUAAAGGAAGAUAGAGUUUCCCAAGAAAUUAACAAUUUAAGAGAUAUCGAUUAUAAUAUAGAAAGUGUUCAGGCCAAGGAUGAUCAAAUUGCAAGAAUUCAAAAGGUUCUUCUAGAAAGGAAUUAGCCUUUUAACUUUUUAUUUACACUCAUACAAUUUACAGGAUCUCUUAAAUGAAAGGAAACGUAAUGAGGAACUUGAAAAGAAAUUAGAAUCCUUGACUUGCAAUAUAAAUUGUUUAAAAGAAGACAGUGAGCAAAAAGCAGCAUGUUUAAAAAACGCGUUACUGACAGCAGAGGAACAAGCUAAGCUAGCAAU